AUGAACUGCAGCAAGAACCCUGACUUUGUCCUCUCAGGGCUCUCCAGGGACCCAGACAAACCACAGCUCCUCUUUGCUCUCCUCCUGGCCCUCUACUUGCUGAGUGUCUCAGGAAACGCGCUACUGCUGCUGGCUAUCGGAGCUGACCUCCACCUCCACACCCCCAUGUAUUUCUUCCUCAGCCAGCUCUCCCUGGUCGACCUCUGCUCCACUACCACCACCGCCCCCAAAAUGCUGGAGACUUUGUGGACCAGUAAUGGAUCUAUCUCCUUCUCUGAGUGCCUGGCCCAGUUAUAUUUCUUUGCAGUUUUUGCUAAUAUGGACAACCUGCUUUUGACUGCCAUGGCUAUCGACCGCUACGCUGCCAUCUGCCAUCCUCUGCACUAUCCACUCCUGAUGACUCCUUGCAGAUGUGGGCUGCUGGUGGGUGGGUCAUGGGGAGUGGCCCACUCUGACUCUUUGAUCCAAACCUUGAUGCUAACCCGACUAUCAUUCUAUACUAAUCUAGAGAUUCCUCACUUUUUUUGUGAUUUCAAACCUCUCUUAAAGUUUUCCUGCUCUGAUACGCACCUCAAUGAGGACCUGAUGAUCGUUCUGACAGGACUCUUAGGAAUCAGCCCUCUCUUCUGCAUCAUAAGCUCCUACGCCCAUAUUUUCCUUGCUGUAGCUCGGAUCCCAUCAACACAGGGGAAAAAGAAAGCCCUGGCCACAUGCAGCUCCCACCUCUCCAUGGUCAUCCUCUUCUACAGCUCGGUCUUUGCCACCUACCUGAAGUCCCCGUCAGCUUCCCAUGGCUCUGGGGAGCUGGGUGCUGCUCUCAUGUAUGCCCUGGUAACCCCCACUCUCAAUCCUUUCAUUUAUAGUCUAAGAAAUAAGGAAGUGAAGAGUUCCCUGGAAAGGAUUCUGAGUAUGAAGAGUUCUUGGGGUUAA